AUUUUUGUGUUAUAUUAUUUUUGUGGUGUCCUCUGAAAGCAUUGAUUUUCAGUGAGAAAAUGUUCGUUAGUCCACUUAUAUUCGUGGUAUUAGUCACAUUAUUUAAUGGGAUAUUGUCAAAAAGCGUCGAACUAACGUUCGAGUUGCCCGACAGCGCUGUAGAAUGUUUUUACCAAGACAUCGAGAAAAAUACGUCUGCUUCUUUAGAAUACCAGGUGAUAACAGGAGGGCAGUAUGAUGUAGAUGUUAAAGUAGAAGGGCCUAACAAACAGAUCAUUUAUCAACAACAGAAGAUGCAGUAUGACUCCCACCAAUUUGUAGCCCAACAAACUGGUGUAUAUAAAGUGUGCUUUAGUAAUGAAUUUAGCACAUUUUCUCACAAACUUGUGUACAUGGAAUUCAGUGUAGGACCAGAAACACCAUUACCGGGUAUGGGUGAUCAUGCUACUGUUCUUACACAGAUGGAGACAUCAGCAGAAGAAAUUCACAAAGUGCUAAAUAGAAUCAUAGAUCAUCAGACACACCACAGGCUACGAGAGGCUCAAGGUCGCAAAAGGGCAGAAGAACUGAAUGAAAGAGUGUUCUACUGGUCCAUGGGAGAGACCCUGGCCAUAGUGUGUGUAGCAUUUGCGCAAGUUAUGAUCCUAAAGAACUUCUUCAGUGACCGGCCCACAUUAUAUAACAGAAUGUAACAUUAGAUAUUUUAAACAAUACAAUUUAAUAUAAUUUUUUUGGGGUAAUUUAUUUAUGUUGUUUUAAUUAUAGUAUAAACAAAAUCAUUAUUUAAAC